UAUCAAUGUACCAUAUAUCAGUCUAAUCAUAUCAGCACGCGGUCUCUCGGCAUAUUAUAAUUACAUAAUAUAUUUAGAAUACAUGUGCAAAACAUUAUAUAUAGAAUAUUGUAAUAUCGCAUCGGAAUAAUCAACCGCAACCACAAGGUCUUGUAAUGUUGGCGUUUAUUAUUCGCGGAGUGUUUCUCCUCGGCGUGUUGAGCUGGUACAGCGCCACCAUCUGGAAAGUAAUCGAUGGUUACUUCCAGGACCAGUUUCGUAUUUACUUGCAGGAAGAGUAUCGCAAGCAUUCGCGGAUCAAGGCCGACUUUGAGAGCACCGAGGCUGUCGAUAAGAGGUCUGCUCCAAGUGCGUUGCCAGCAGAGCCAAGUCUGAGCUACGGCAUCGCGGAGACCUACGAUUCCAACGCAGUACGCCCGACCGACAUCGCAGACGGCUGUCCGCGUGCAAUCGUUUCGAGCGGGAAACCGGAGGAAGCAGUGGCAGGUGGCACCAGCGAAAUCGCGGCCGCCGUCGGCGCCGGUGCCACCGAUAAAAAUGCAUUCCCAGCGAACACGGCUCGAUCGGCACAGGAAAGUAGGAAACUACCGAGUAGCAGCGACACGCGCGAUAAAGAAAGGCGACCGGGUGCUAUCAAUCAGGACGGCGGUCUUCAAGAGGGAAAUGCGAUUGAGGGAAACAUACUCCCGUCCCCCACGUCUCUGAGUGUCAAGAAACUACGACGUCGUCUCGACAAGAGGGGAUUAUCGCGGGAAAAGCGAAAGAAUCGAAGAGUGAACACGCUCGUCCUGACUGACAUCGAUUUCCCUACUGCGAAGACCGAUGAUGACGAAGAUGAUGAUUUUUCGGAGUUCGAGGAAGAGGAGAAGGAUCACAGGAUCUACGAGGAAGGGAUUCUUGUAUCGGAGCUGCCAUUUAAGCCCAAGGCAGAUAUUGGCAACUUAGAUAGGGUUACUGCGGAAGAGUUUUGUCCUCUGAUCUUGGAGGACGAGACUUCCUGCGGAGAAACUACCACGUGGCCGUGACUACGCUUGAUGAGCGUCGCGGUGAAAUUGGAAGUACUAGAUCGCAUAGAAAAAGUUGUGCAUUAGCAGCGGGACAUCGAAGGGCUUAGGAACAUGCUGAGAAAGCUGAGGCAAAAGACUUGCGACUAUUAUUAGAAUAAAUCUGUUCAAUUAGUUUCGCGGCUUUAUUAAGGACGAUGAUGAUAGAUGUAGUGUGAAGAUGUUUUAGAUCCUUUCACGUUUUUGUUAGUCUAUAGCAAUUUAUUCAGUUCGCAACUUGAGUAGGAUCAAAUAAGGCUAAUAUAUGAUGUUUGUAUAAUAAUAUAUAAUUUUAAUGUAAAACAAUAUAUUAUUAUCUUUUUAGGCAAAAUUCAAUCUUGAUUAGAUGUAACUAACAUUUU